AUGGUUUCAAACAAUUCUGUUCCGAUGAAGUUAGAAAGUUCUGACAGAAGAUAUGUAGUUGUCAGAACGUCAGAAGCUCAUAUGCAAGAUACAGAAUAUUUUGACGACUUAGCAGAAACUUUGACAUCUGACUUUUACAACCACUUGUUCUCAUAUUUUAUGACAUUAGAUAUUUCAAAGUUCAAUCCAAGACAAAUUCCACAUACCGAAGAGAGACAAACAUUGUUAGAAGCAAACAAGAGUGUAUAUGAACUGUUCAUAGAUGAAACUGACUUUGAGUGUUUAGAUGAAAGGUCAUUGUACGAUUCGUAUAAACAAUAUUGUCAAGAAUAUGGUUAUAUGACAGCGUCUAAACGAACAUUCUUGGCAAAUGUCAAAAGUCUUUUAGACGUACAGAAUGGUGUAUAUACAAAGAAAAAUUUUUAUGAGUAA